GGGGCUCCGGUGUCUCAGCUGGUCCUGAAGAGCGAGCGACUGUCUCAAAGGAAGUUCAGUGAGUCUUCUUGUCCCGUAACAGUGAUGGCUGCCCCGUUAGCACAUUUCGAUGAGGAUUGGCAGGACUUUAACGAAUUCAGACCGACCGCUGAAUGGCCAAAUCAGUUGGAUCAGAUUAACUCCAAUGUAGGUGGGACAACAGGGUUCGAAGAUUUUUCAGAUCUGGACAACAGCUUUUCGGGGGAGAUAUGCAGCUUCAAGUCAAUGGAGGACCUUGUGAACGAUUUUGAUGAGAAGCUGAAUAUGUGUUUCCGGAAUUACAACACCAAGAUAGAAAAUAUCGCUCCAGUAAAGCCCAUCACGGAAGAUAAUUUCCUGAAGGACGACGAAAUCUGGAAUGCUCUGACGGAUAACUAUGGCAACGUGAUGCCAGUGGACUGGAAAACCUCUCACACACGCACCCUCCACCUUCCCACUCUCAACUUAACAGAGCAGAGGAAAGAGGACAACUCGUCCCUCGACCUCUCGGACGAUGAGGAGCUGCGGGAGCAAAUGGACAUGCACUCCAUCAUCGUGUCGUGUGUUGCCGCUGAGCCGCUCUUCACCGCUGAACAGGUGAUCGAGGAAAUUGAGGAGAUCAUGCAAGAGUCCCCAGACCCUGUGGAGGAUGACAGUCCGUCUCAGUCCGACGUGUCCAUCCUCUGUCAAGAGAUGAACACACUCAACAGGUCCAGCUCCACCAGCAGCUAUGAAGAAAGCCUGCGCGGGCUCUCGGCGUCGGAGCUGAGCGGGCGUCUGCAGCAGGUGGAGACGCUGAUCCGGGGCCUGUCCGAGGAGCUGGUGCAGCAGCUGGCGCUGCGGGACGAGCUGGACUUCGAGAAGGAGGUGAAGAACCGCUUCAUCUCGCUGCUCAUCACCGUGCAGAACCGGCAGAAGGAGCACCGGCAGCUGCUCAAGAAGCGCGGCAAGAUCCGCAGCCCCAGCCUGCAGACGAGGGGCGAGAGGACACACGUGCCUGGAACUCGUUUCACUAUGGAGGGACUCUCCUCCGUCAUUCAGAGCGGCCUGCGCCACACAUUCAGAGGCACAGGAGGGGACAAACAGUAUCUAACCACAGUAAUUCCCUAUGAACAAAAUAACGGACCUCCAUCAGUGGAAGACCUUCAGUACCUCACCAAAAUACUGCACGCCAUGAAGGAUGACAGCGAUAAAGUGCCCAGCCUUCUGACUGAGUACAUCCUCAAAGUUUUAUGUCCCUCGUAGUCCUCCAAGAGUGACGGAACCUUCCAGAUGGUCCCCGGUGAUGCAGUGACCCACACGUCCUGUUUCUAGAGGCCAUAUUUCAGGCCUUGUGGUUUCAAAUUCCUUGUUGUUUUACCUCAUUUAAGAAUUGUUUUAAUCCCAUAACAUCUUCCAGGCGUCACCCUUAUAAUGUUUUGAUAUCAUAUGAAAUGUGUUUUUUUUUUUUUAGGUUUGUAAUUGUUUAGUAUGUGUAUUGCCAGUCAGCAGUAUUAUUCUCUGAGUCAUGUGACCUGAACUUGGCAUGGCUGAAGGCCCACUACAUGACUGCCCUCUCCUCAGUCUCAAUCAAUAUCACAGUCCUCCUCAAAACAUCUUUAUAGAAAUGAAAAUAGAAAAUAUAAAUUCUACUCCUCACGCUGCCAACGGACGGGUAAGAGAUAAACACACUUCCUUGCCCUGCAGAUAAGAUACUUCCUCUGGUCGGGUUGCGUCAUCUUUGUCUGUUCGGUUACUGCAUGGUUUGUGUAGAGCUCUGUGUGCUGUGAGAGGUACUUCACUUAGAGAAGAUGUGGAGACAUCUUGCUAGUGGUUUGGACAAGCAGAUCUCAUAACCAGAUCAGCAUUGGCAUUGACGUCAUUUGUUCUAAUCGAGGGCGGAUGUGCAGGACAUUAUCAAAGUGUAGCUUUAAAGGGUAAGGGCUCCUGGCCUAACAAGCAGUGUGAAAUGAUGUUUUAUGGCAUCUGUCGUGUAGCACCAUGAUAACCUGAAAGUCUGAAGGCAUUAUACCAGGACUUUGUGGGAUGGCCAAAAUUUCAUUUUGCCAAAAAAAGGGAAUCAGUGCUUACCUGCAAAGACAUCUUCCACUAUGAAGCACAAAAUCUGCAAUAAUUUGUGAUCUAUCUUCCUCCUUUUAUAUUAAGCCUGCUUAUAUAAUUUUUAACUCUACUUCUUAACUGAUGUAAAAACCAUGGGACAUUAAUCAGUGUGGAUAUUAGAUGCUACACCCUGUAGUAUUUACCUAUUUUUGUAACAUAAGCUAAAUGAUUAUUUGUAAUGCAGUUGAAAGAACCUUUUAAAGUUGUCCAAGUUGGCCACAUGACUAAAAUCACUGGCAAAGUGAAAUAGUUCCAGUGUACUGCAGUAGGCUAGUCUAGUCACCCCUAAACUUAUUAACUGUAAAUGCUCAUGUUUUAUUUGGUGGAAGGUUUGAAUGGGAUUGAAACUGUGAAAGUCGCUUGGUCUUGGCAGAUGAUGGUACCGCUAGGAGAGGUGUGAUGAUUAUUUUAGUUUCAUGUUGUGGAUGCUACAAGAUCAACACAGGAAAUGGGCCGUCAAUAGCUCAGAGAAACAAGAAAGAAAGAAAGAAAGGAAAUCCAUACAUAUGUGAAAUCGUCAACCUUUUUCUAUCAGCCAAGUGUGCUUAGGUACCUGUAAUGCGCACAAACAAAGCUCAGGGGCUCAGUGGCGCCCCCUGCCCUAAGGCUGGAGUGGUGCGUGGUGCCAACAGAUCAAAUCUCUCGGUCAUGACGAUCCAGCCAACCUAAGUUCUCCCUGUCCCUCUCGGGACUGUGAUUGGUGCCAAUGCGAUGAUUGACGCUUGUCAUUAUAACACUCCCCUAAGAUUUACUCCCCUAACGUGUUCCCUGUGGUGUAAGAAAAGUUGAUUCGUUGAAGCCAGUAAUGUUGAAGCCACAUAUUAGCUUGCUGGUGGAGCUGAACCAGCAAGGACCAGGGGCAGUGACACUCUGUGUGUGUGUGUGUGUGUGUGUGUGUGUGUGUGUGUGUGUGUGUGUGUGUGUGUGCGCGUGGUGUCCCCAUGCUGCAGAACAUCUCAUGUUUAGGAUGUCUUAAGGUUUACAGGCGUCUAACAUCUUCCAUGCCCAGUCCCCUCCAUGGCCAGUCCCCUCCACGCUGGACAUGUAAACAUUGAGUAGAAGUUGAGUAAGCUUUGAAUAUAUGUAGAGUAGCAUGCACAUCCUCGCAUAGUCUUUUUCAGCUUAUGUAGUUGGUGAAGUCCUUAGGCUGUAGUAAAUUUGGCCUAGUGAGGUAUUUGGGGACUUUUUAGUGGUCCCUGUUAUGACACGUGCUUGCGUCUUUUAGUUAGGAGUCACCCUCUACCUGUCCAUGCUUUCUGUUCUAAAUAUAGUGAGUCUUCUUAUAAUAAUGUCAAACCACAGGCCAGUUCAGCAUUUAAACUCACUCUUUUUUUUUUUUUUGUAAACCUGAAACAAACUUAAUGCACUUUCUCUGUAAAUUGCUCUAAGGACAGUCUGAGAAUGAAACAAUGGUCAGUAGUCAGGGGGAAAAACGCAUGUGAAAUGGUGAUGGGAAGGCUAAGACCCUGAGCAGAGACCUGCAGAUGGAUCUGGGUACCCAGUAGAGGCUUCAGCUGUGGAGGUUCUUACACGCGUGGGGCUCAGGUGGACUACAGGUGGCUGGGUUGCCCCAAACUUCUACUAGGAGCGAUCGUGUAACAAAACAGGGUUCUUAAGAAUCAGUGGCACACAACUCUGAUUUUUGGAUUUGUAAGAUGGGUAUUUUCUAGUUAAAGAAAAAUAUACUCUGAGGUUGAAUUAACCUUUUUAUCUAUGGUAUGAAAUCAUUACGGUACCUUUUUGAAAGGAAUACAUUGAUACAUUUUGGUGAGAAGAUCCAUCAUGCUUUGCUCUGCGGCAAACACAGUCAGUAAGGCGAGGCGUCAGAUUGAACCAGGGAUGGAGCAGAUGGAUCAACGGAUGCAUAAUGUGUUUGGUUUUUUCUCUGUACAUUUCUUUCAUUUUAUUUUAAAACAAAUGUUAAAGAUACCAGCUUAAAAUAAUUAAUUGAAAGUCGUGUCAGGACAUUUAAAGUCUAAAUGACGUAGCCAAUCUAUUUUUAUCCUGAAGUAGGCUAUGCUGUAUUUAUAGGAGCAAAUGGAGUCCAGAGCUGAAAUGACAAGCAGCCUCUGGACUUUGCCAAGCAUCAGAACUUAAGAUUUAUAUUUCUACUCCCUCUCCUGUGUUUCUAUGGCUGCCUAUGUACAGAAAUAACAGUGUUUUGUAAAUAGAAACAUUUUUGUUUUUAACGUACUAUUUCUUCCGCUUCUCUUUUCCUAUCUCUCUUUCUCAUGUGUCACGUUUGUUUCCCAUUACAAUGUAAUGUGGUACAAUUAAUUUAUUUUUGUAAAUGUCAUGUCAACAUAUCAUCUUUAGUGGUGCAAAUGUUUUGUGCCAGUUUGCACUGGACCUUGUGAACUAAAUAAAGACUUUUGACUGUA